UUUUACGCACCGCAUUCAGCUGCGGCUGAGUUGAAGCGCGAGCUCAUGCUGGAGAGAUACACAUGGGAUAUCUCCUACUGAUGGACUUAUCCUGUCAGGGAAAAUGACCGCAGACAACUGUGAUUCUUUAGAGGGUUCGCAAACAGCUAUUGGACAGAUGUUGGAGUCCAAUGUCUCCAAAACGUUGCGCGAAGGCAAUAUCACCAAGAACUCCAGUUGUGGAUCUGUAUCAGUCGGAUUCCCUAUUACUAUGAUGGUAACUGGCAUGGUGGGCAACUCACUGGCUCUUAUUCUGGUGUGUUUCUCCUACAGAAAGAAGGAAAACAAAAGGAAAAAGUCUUUUUUGCUUUGCAUUGGAUCACUGGCACUGACAGACCUUUUUGGGCAGCUUUUGACGAGUCCAAUCGUAAUAUCCGUUUACCGGGCUGAUCUGAAGUGGGAGCGCAUUGACCCGUCUGGGAACUUAUGCGCUUUUUUCGGCGUGUGUAUGACAACUUUUGGCUUGUGCGCCCUCUUUUUGGCCAGCGCCAUGGCCAUAGAAAGAGCCAUGGCCAUAACAAAUCCACACUGGUACUCCAAUCACAUGAAGACGAGCGUGACAAAGCAGACUUUGGCUGUCAUUUGGUGUCUCGUGCUGCUCUUUGCGCUGCUGCCGAUCGCCGGGGUCGGGAAAUACACGCGCCAGUGGCCGGGGACUUGGUGCUUCAUCAGCACAGGGGACAGUGAAGUCCCUGGCAAUAUAUUUUUUGCCAUCACUUUCGCUGCACUUGGGAUUUUCUCUCUGCUCGUAACGCUCUCGUGCAACGUCGUGACGAUCCGGGGCUUAAUUAUCCGGUGUAAAACCAAGUCCGGGACGUCUCAGUCCUCAAAGCAGUGGGAGCGGCUCACCACAGAGACUGUCAUUCAGCUGCUGGGGAUCAUGUGUGUUUUGCUUAUAUGCUGGUCCCCUCUCCUGGUGCUGAUGCUGAGGAUGAUCUCCACCCAAGUAUCCUCCCAUGAAUGUAAUUCAACGGCAGUAACCUCCAAUAACGCCACCGGCCGAGAUGUCCAUCUAGACUGUAACUUCUUCCUGACAGUGAUACGUUUGGCUUCCCUCAACCAGAUCCUGGACCCGUGGGUCUAUCUGCUCCUCAGGGAGAUCCUCCUGCGGAAGUUCUGUAUAGUGGCUAAUGCUGUCUCCAACUGCUCCAUCGAGGAGCAGAAGGAGACCCAGACAGCACUGGAUGCCCUCAACAAGCCAAACCAAGACUCCAAAGACCUUUGUAAAUCACAAAGUAACUGAGUCAGCCUCUGGCCAUCAUCUGAUAUCUUGUGACCCAAAACCUGGAACACUUUUAGGCAUGUGGAAAUGUUUCCAAAUCGAGAUAGUACUAUGGAUUUCCGUCCAGACGUGGAUAAUGUGCAGUGGGAGACGAAGCCUCAGUUGCAGUUGUAAUGAAACCCAGCCAAGUUUACUCAAAGCAUUGUUCUGCCUGCAGCAAACUUCAUUCAAAGUCACCUAACCAGCAUGUGAACGCAUGACCGUGUCACCUCUGACUUUUGGCUGCCAGGAAGUCUCCCUUCAGCAGUUUUCAGUUCUAACAACAGUUAUUCCUUAGAAAUGAACAACACACUGACUUCAAACUGUCUUAUAUGGAAGUGAUGCAUCGCAUCCUCACUUUCCACAAACUGAAGCCAUAAGCUGAUUAAGUGAAUGUUUUGGGGGGGGGGGGGUUAUGUGUGUGUUUUUGAGCUGAAAAAAAAAAAAGCUGCUUUAAAUUUGCCUCAGUUAUUUUAAAUAUACUGACUUCAUUUGACAUGAAACUGAACUAUUUUAUUAAAAAAGAAUAAGUAGCCAUUCAGAAGGAAACUACUAAUUUUCAACUGGAGCCAGAGACUGAUGCUAACAUUAUGUAUUAAUGUCUUGAAAAUUAUGUGAUAUUUGUUGCUUCUGUACUGAAUGUCAGUUAUUCUACCUGAAGAUUAUCGAAAUUUAAUUGUAUACUGUACUUAAUGUCCUUAGCAGCAGCCAAGGGGAUGAAAUGUGAAGCAUUUGGUUUGUUGGCAGUGUCCUUCUUGCAUAUGAAAUUAGCUUGGAAUUUGUUGCGUGGUUAUUUUCUAAGCAAUUUACUUAAAAAAAAAAAAAAAAAAACUUUCAUGCCAGUCUUAUGAAUGCCAAAGUGUGAAUCUGUGAGGAAA